GGAGCUCAAGGAAGCACUGGAGCUCAGGGUUUGCCAGGUGAUAAGGGCAUUCCUGGUUUGCAGGGUCAAGUUGGUCCUAAUGGAAGUCCUGGUCAGCCUGGUCAAAGAGGAUUGCCUGGUAGUUCAGGUUCACCAGGAGAUAUAGGAAUAUCAGGACAACCAGGACUUCCUGGUCCCUCUGGUGAUAAAGGAUUUCAAGGUUCACCGGGUCCAUCAGGAUUUCGAGGUCAACCUGGACAGCCUGGUGUUUCAGGAGCUACAGGUCAACCUGGUCCUCGUGGAGAUGCUGGAUCUCCUGGGUUGCAGGGAUUUGCAGGACCUUCAGGUCCAAGAGGA